AAAUUUUAAAUUUUAAUACAUGCUCAAACCUCAAAUCGUUGUAGGCCACGGGCACGAACAAGGCAUCUCAAUCUAUAUUUUUAAAUACUGUCUUCUUUUGUUGAACAGUAUGUUUGUGGGUCAUUACAACGUCAUGUGCCCACGAUAGAGCGUCGACGUGUUUAAUGAAGAAGAAUUUAAGAUUAAAUCUAUUCAAAAUCAUGAUACCAACGGUGUAACUAUUAUUGCUAUAAUUUAUAACACCUUAAGACGUUUGAAUGUACUUUUAGCCUUUUUUACAGCUAUUAUUAUGAAAUCUGUGUGCGCGAUUUCCCCACAUCGUUAGCACCUUCAUUCUGUAGUAAAACGUUAAAAUUGCUUACAGUUGAGUUUGAGAAUCAGUAUCACGGUAACAACAACGCAUUAUCAUUACGGCUACGAAGAUUAAAACUGUUACAAUGAUAGAACGUCAUGUGUACCUCGCCAUCAGCUGAUCUUUGCUUACGUUUUGGUGAUAAACCGCAUCGAACACAAAAUCGUUCGUUUCACAAUUAUUGAUGUUCACCGCGGACUCCACAGCUCCACGGUAACGCGACACUUUGACUGAAUACUGAAGUAGUUAGCGACACGUAGGACGCAUCAGACUCCGUUUGCUGGCUGUCUAUACCCCUCCUCACUGAGCCGUUGAGCGUGCCAUCGUCGUGACUGAAGCGACUCUUGCACUUCAAAGUGCAAACGUAUGCACGACACGUCUUCCGGCGAGUCGGCGUGAAAAUGGACGACUCCAAAAUGCACAAGCUGAACGGCGUGAUCGAACAUUACAAGAGACACAUCAGCAGGGCUACCGAAUCCAACGACAAUGACAAGAUAAUGAAAUGUAUAACUAAACUUUCUCGACUUCCUAUCACUGUUCAAAAUUUACAAAAUACUGGAAUUGGCAGAGUAGUCAACAAUCUAAGAAAAUAUGAUGGCAACAUUGGAGAAUCAGCAAAAUCUUUAGUUAUUCAAUGGAAAAAUGUAGUAAAAAUUGAAGAAACUGAAAAUUUCUAUAAUAGAGAGGAAAACUCCGAUGAAGAACAUCAUGAUGUAUCUUCACCAAAAGAUAAUGAAGAAUUUAUUAAUGAAUCAGAAGUAAUCAAUUCAAUGAAAGAUGAUUCAAGUGACCAUGAAUCAUCUUACCGUCGACAUCAUGAAAAAUCAAAACAUAAAAAAAGUAAAAAAGAUAAAGAUAGUAAAAAACGAAAGGAAUCUUAUUCUAACUCAACAGAUGAUCAGGAAGAUGGGCAUGUCUCAAAGAAAGUAAAAAAAGAUUAUAAGUAUGAAAGUGUCAAAGUUAAAGAAGAACCAGAAAGAUGUGAGAUUGCACAAAAUGUUGCAACAACUUCUCAUAGAGAAAAUACUAAUGGUUAUGCUGAAAGUAUUAAAAAAGAAAAAAAAAGUUCACAUUCAGAGAAAAAAAAAGAUAAGCAUAAAUCAUCUCAUAAAUCUGAAUCUAAAUCUCACUCUCACAAGGACAAAAAUGAAUCAAAGUCGGGUCACAAAGAUAAAAGUGAUUCGAAAAAAAGUACUAAGGAUAAAACCAAGGAAGAAUCUAAGCCUUCAACUAGUGCUAAUCAUAGUAGUAAUAGUAAAACAUUUGAAGAAGCUUUACUAGGUAUAGAAAUAGUUAAAAAGAAACAAAUUAAGUCCAAGUAUAGAGAUAGAUCAAGGUCUUCAGAGCGAGAAUUUAGUUCUAUACAAUCAAGUCCGUUGGCACCAUUUAAUUUAGAUCCUGAAGAAUUAAUUGCUAACUAUAAACCACUAUCUCAAUUAGACGUAAAGAAAAAAAAAAUAGACGAUCUUGAUCCGUUGGCUAAAAUUAUGACAACAAAAAAUAUGAGGACAAAAGUUUACUCUGGAAAUAAGAGUACAAUAUAUACUGAAGUUCCUAGAUUAAUUGAUAUCUGUAUCCAAACUAUUAAGGAUCAUUUAGAAGCUUUGGAAUAUACUGGUGGAGUUCCGUUUAGUAUACUUGAACCAAUAUUGAAACACGCUACUCCUGAUCAAUUAUAUAACUUAGAACAGUUCAAUGACUAUUUGAUUGAAGAUACUGGAGUGUUAUGGGAGUACCAUUGCAAAAAGGAAUUUCGUAAUAAAGUUCCAGAAAAAAAUGAACCAUGGAGAAAUUUUUAUAUACGAUGUCUAGAAGAACGUGAAACAAAAUUGGCCAAACUACGGCGGAAUAUAAAUGCAAAUCAAGCUGCAUCCACACCUGUUAGAAAAACACAACUAGCAUAUGUAGAUUCAACAGUUAAACCACCACGUGGCAUUGCUAAAAAACAGGCUAAAUUCCAAACGGCUACUGCGGAUAAUAGACGUAAUAUCUUAAACAAAUCAAUGAUGGGAGAAAAUUCUACUGCAGAAGCACUGUCCUCCAACAAAAAAUCUACUACCAUGGCUACUGGCGUACCAAUUGCUUUGACUUCUGCCCAUACACCAUCCAGUGCGAUGAAAAAGAAAAAAGCUCCUUUGAUGCAAAAGGCGUUACAACUCAUUAAAUCUACACGCAGACGUUAAUUACUUCAUGACAUACUUGAAAUAAUAGUAUUUCCCUACGUACACGCAUAUUUAAUGUUUACAUUUAUGUAAAGACGUACCUGCCACCAAGGUUCUGAGAUUUAAUAAUAUGUUUUACUGUGAUGAAUUGAAUUUUGAAUUUAUUUUAUUUUUAAUUCUUAAUUAGCAUUAAGAUUGCAUAAUGUGAACACGUUACUGUGGUUUUUUUUACUAUAGAUGUAUUUAUAAACAUGGUCGUUGUAAUUCUAAUUAAUAUUAUUGUAAUACUGAAUUGAGUGUUGAUUCUAUUUUUAAUAUCUAUUACCUAAACAUAGGUAUCAUAAUUUCCUUAUAUUAUUAUAUAGUAUUUACGUUUUUUUUUCAACAAAUUGUGCGUUAAUUUCUAUAACGUUAUACAUUUUUAAAUUUGCCGUAUCGGUCAUCCAGCUUUAUGUAUUAUGAAUAAUAAUAAUUGUUAUAUUACACUGUAACACGUUGAGCUGUAGCUGUUAACACAAUAAUAUUAUACAAUAUACAAUUAUUCAAUUUACUGUAA